AGGAGAGUUGACGCUCAACGGUAUUUCCAGGCGUGAAAGAUCAUUGACUGUGUGUUUCAUUGUCAGGAUUCUGAGGAUAUAACGCAGACAAACAUGAUGUUAUGCUACAGGCGUCUUUGAUCGUUUUCCAUCAUAUUAUUAUAAGUUUGGUGGCAUGCAAAAAGCCCGUUCUGGAAUCUCAGAGAACCAUGAGCACUGUGGAGGAGGAGCCGGACCACAUGAUACCAUGAAGAGAAGCCUGCAGGUUCUGCCCUACCAGCUGCUGAGUGUUCUGCUGAUUCUGUCUGUGCCAGUUGGGCUGGUGUUCUCUGCAGAGGAGCUUCACCCCAGCCAAACCCCUCGGGACCUUGUCUCCAUGUCAACGAGAAGCAGAACCCUCGCCAUCCUCUCACCGGGGGCCUUGAGCUGGCAGGAGGGUUCCAGCACUGGGGAUCUGCACAUCCAGUCACUGGCCUCUCUAGAAGCCAUCAGUAGACCCACUACUGUCCACUCAUUCCAGACACAGAAGAACACUGUUCCAUCUGCCAUAUUUCAAACAACAACAGUAGGGGUGCAUUCUUUUGGUCCCAGGGAUCAGGCACUACUUAGAUCUCCUCUUCCAGAAGCAGAAGCACCCCAACUGACCUCUAGAAGUAUGUUCAAUAGAACAAGCUCUGGGGUUUUCACCACUAAAACCCAAGACCAGAACUUUAGCACUAAUAUCGACAAGCCGAGUACAAUCAGCAGAAAGCCAGUGAACCAUUUGGAGGCCUCAGGUGUGGUCAGUAGAAAUCAGAUCGGCGCUACUGGGUUGGACAGUGGAAACCAAGCCACAAAUUCUGGCUCAAAUCAUUCUUUUCUCUCAAGGACUGAAAGUGACAUGGCCCUUGGUGCCGAGGGCCUUUCGGGGACCACAGACACUGGAGAGAUGGGAGUGAAGGAGCCCAUUGAUCCCAUUCAACAUCCACCAUCAUCUUCAUUGUCUUCAACCUUCAAAACCCACAAAAGGCAGAACACGGAUAAGGUGGCUUCGCACCACACCAUUACAUUGCGUGACGUGUCUUCAACAGAGAAUCCCACUCUCCCAUUGGGAACGGUGGGAAAAGCUUUGGCACAAACUGACAUCCAGUCUCCUCCCCCAGCUCUAGCCCUGCCUUCCAACCAUGUUACAAAAUCUGAUCCCACUUCUUCAGCGGAGAGUGGAAACUUUUUGGAAAUCCAAGAUGACAGGGAUGAAACCACCAAUAUGACCACUGGUUCUCUUGUCUCUUUAAAAGAUGCCACAGAUGUUAUCAACAGCACUGAUGCCUCAUGGCCUGCAGCAAAUGAUUCAGACAUCUCAGAGGCACUCUCCACAGCUAGCGGGAGCUUCAUGAACAGGCAGGUCCCAGCCACCACUCAAGGCGCGUGGGGGUCUGGGAACCAGUCGGGUCCUGUGCUGGGUCCCCCUCAUGAAAAAAACACCAUCUGCCUGGACAAAAUGGACAUUGUGUGGUUGGUUCUUGCCAUUAGCGUGCCUGUCUCCUCAUGCUCCGUGCUGCUUACCGUAUGCUGUAUGAGGAAAAAGAAGAAGUCUGCUACUCAGGAGAACAACUUGAGCUACUGGAAUGAUGCCAUCACCAUGGAUUACUUCACCCGCCAUGCUGUGGAGCUCCCAUGCGAGAUACAAUCACUGGAGACUGAGGAACAAGAGACGUGUCUGCCCCCUAACGGUGACUACAGCGACAGCGGCGUGGUUCUGGUUAACCCCUUUUGCCAAGAGACUCUCUUUAUCAACAGAGACAAGGCUUCUGAUAUCUAAACACACUAUUAAAAAGAGACAAAAUCCUUGAGGAUUUUCCAGUCCCUUUUAUUUGCUUUCAUUU